AAUGGCAAAAACAGAACACGUCACUCGCCGCGACACGCCACACUUCCUGCAGCGUGAUGGAGGUGUGCAGCUCUUCAAAUGUUACUUUGAGAGAGUUUGGUUGUGAACAGAGUUUACUGUCUCGACCUGACGGUUCAGCGUCCUUCAUCCAAGGAGACACAAGUGUAUUGGCUGGAGUGUACGGACCAGCUGAGGUCAAAGUCAGCAAGGAAAUCUAUGACCGGGCAACACUGGAGGUGUUGGUACAGCCCAAAGUGGGACUGCCAAGUGUAAAGGAGCGUUCACAAGAGCAGUGUGUGCGAGAAACGUGUGAGGCGUCUCUGCUCAUGUCACUUCAUCCUCGCUCCUCCCUCACUCUCAUUCUUCAGGUGUUACAUGAUGAUGGUUCACUCUUGUCUUGCUCGUUGAACGCUGCCUGUAUGGCUCUUAUGGAUGCAGGCCUGCCUAUGAGUUGCUUGUUCUGUGGAGUGACCUGUUCCAUCGACACACAAGGUCAAAUUAUCACAGACCCCACUGCAGCUCAGGAAAAGGAAAGUCGAGCUUUGAUGACUUUUGCUAUUGACAGUACAGACAACAGAGUAAUGAUGUCAUCAACCAAAGGAUCGUUUUCGGUUCAUGAGCUGCAGCAGUGUAUAGUAGUCAGUCAGAAAGCAUCAGAGAAGAUCUUCCAGUUCUACAGAGACUCUAUCAGGCGGCGAUACUCCAAAACCCUCUGAAGAAGCAGAUUCUUGUCUUUUUUUUUUUUUAAACAAUAGCAAAUAAUGAUGUUUUAAGAAAAUAUUUAGCAGGUGGUAGUGGGGGGGGUUUACGUUUUGGCAUGAGAAGACCAGAUUGAACUGUCAGAGUGCGAAAUAAAAGGAGGAAAGACAUGUCAAACAAGUGCAUUUAUUGGGGUUCAUUGAUUUUUCAGCUUAAUAUUUACAUGUAAUACAAGGAUGUGAACAGGGAAAUAACUGAAUAUCUCUUGUAUUAAUAAAUUUGACUUGCCACAA